GAGACUCCAUCUCCAAAAAAAUAGAAAAGAGAAAACAAAAAAAAAAAAAAAAAAGAAAAGGGAGUUGUGAGGAAGCAGAUUUCAGUUCAAGGGAAAAAACAAACUUUCCAACUGACAGCUGCUGAGCAACGAACCCAACAGCCUCAUUCACCCAUAGUGAAUUCCCAUGCCUGGGAGUCUGGAAUGUAGGCUGGGAAUAUUCUCCAGCACAGGCUAGGUUAUAAUGUCCUACUACACAAAUAGCCCCCAAAUCUCACCAAGCUUAACCCUUGCUCAUGCAGAUCCUGCUGCAACUCAGGCAGCCCUCCAGGGCACUGUCUCCUUGCAGUGCCUCAAUGGGUCUGGCUGCUUUGAUCUGGGACUUUGCAGUCUCAACACAGGCACUUGUCUGUGAUUAGUCCUGAAUGGGAAGAAGGACUUCCCUCUUCCCUGGGGAAUGGCUCAGGGACUUUCACUGCCUCAACUCAGAAGUGUGACAAACAUUACUUUUGCUCCUAUCUCACAGGCCAGAAAUGCCACUUGGCCCCUCCUCACUGCAAAGGGACUGGAAGGUGUGGUCUCCCAGAGGUCCAGGAAGGAAAGAAGUCCUGGGAAUGUUUCCCACAAGGCCCAGCUUCUUCUCAAGGAGACUGUGGAUAAGGAAAGAAGGCAGGCAAGGCUGCUGUGCUGGAAAGAAGGUGGAGUUCUCCAGAAGCAGACUGCAGAGAACGGAGUGCAGGAAGAUUCCCAAGGAGAGCCUCGGGAUGAACACCUAUGGAGAAGGUGGCAGUGGUAUCAGGCAGAUGGAGAGGUUGGCUGCGAUGCAGUCACAACCAGGCCUCCCCUGAGCCCACGGGGAACUCUGAAACUGGGAUGGCCCUUCAGAGUUAUCCCCAGCCGGAGCAUGGACCAGGCCUUUGUAUCUUCCCCUUUGAUGAGAGAGGAGGUCCCAUAUGGGUUCUGGAAUCAGAAAAGCCUACUUCCUGAGUUAGAAUCCAGUCUUCAUCCUUCAGCUGUGGGACCCUGGACAAGAACCAACGUCUUCCAGCAGAGAUCACCAAGAACACACUUGCAGUUGAAUAAGCUGGGUUUAUUAAUUACUGCAGUGAGAGAGAAUACACACCAGGGUGUCUCAGUAAGAGGGUGUUAGACAGAACCUGUGAUAGAAUUGGGGUUGGUUUGAGUGAUUUGGGGGAGGGUAAGUGUAUUAGUCCAUUUUCACGCUGCUGAUAAAGACAUACGAGACUGGGAAGAUAAAGAGGUUCAAUUGGACUUGCAGUUCCACAUGGCUGGGGAGGCCUCAGAAUCAUGGCGGGAGGUGAAAGGCACUUCUUACAUGGUGGUGACAACAGAAAAUGAGCAAGAAGCAAUCAUGGAAACCCCUGACAAAACCAUCAGAUUUUAUGAGACUUACAACCACGAGAAUAGCACAGGAAAGAUCGGCGCCCCCAUGAUUCAAUUAUCUCCCCCUGGGUCACUCCCACAACCCAUGGGAAUUCCAGGAGGUAAAAUUCAAGUUGAGAUUUGGGUGGAGACACAGCCAAACCAUAUCAGUAAGGAAGUGGCAGUUUACUUUCAAUUGGCAGCUGUAAGAAACUGGGGGCAAUUCUGUGACUCAGUGUCUCCAUAAAUCACAUCUAUAAGGAAGGGAGAUGGCAACAAGGAUAUAGCUGUAGUAGGAAAAGAAGUAACAGUCACUCAUUUUAGCCAAGAGGGGGUGUCUGGUAUUUCACGGUGGUACAGUGACGUUGUUUUUGUCUGUGCUUAGAAAAAAUUAUGAUGUGGUCUUGCUUUGUGUCAUUUUAUCGUAGUGUCAGAGUAGCCUUGUCUGAGAUCAGCACCCUGUGAGGGUGUUUAUGUCCCGGAGGAGAAGAACACAGGUUAACUGUGAAUGGAAGGCCAGCUUCCAAAUCUCAGGGGCUUUUUUCCUUCCUCACAGGUUACUAAAUCCCUCCAUGUGUAAAUCUCUCCACCACAAAAUGGGGGUAAGAAGGCCGGGCACGGUGGCUCAUGCCUGGAAUCCCAGCACUUUGGAAGGCCAAGGCGGGUGGAUCACCUGAGGUCAGGAGUUUGAGACCAGCCUGACCAACAUGGUGAAACCCCAU